CUGACCGCUUACCGCUCACAGCUGUCAUCAGUGAUCGUGUACGCGAGACGAUGACGAAAAGUGAAAACUCCGCGAGGUGCCACAAUGUUCGUCGUCUAUUACGAGGAAGUGGUUGCAAAUCGGUUCGCGCGUGUCGAUUUAGUGAAAUUUCGGUUCGUCAAUCCGCUUGGUUCCGCUCGUUUUCGGUCGUAAAGUGUUCACGGGAGUGCACUGCCACUGGUGGUCUACGCGAAAACUGCCCCAAUGUGGGCCCAGAACGUGAAAAAUAGUGUCGAAAAGUUUCCUCCCUCGAACAAAAUUUUCUUCCGUCUCCGUCGUCCCCGUCGUCAUCGUUGUCGUAAUCAUCUUCGUCGGUCACCAUCAGUAGUUGCCCAGAAGCAGGAGGAGUGGUGGUGUUGCGUGAAGAGCUCCUUUGGUGGUGGUGGCAGUGAGAAGAAUUUAAACGUCAUCCGUGGGAAUAGCCGGUGCUGUCGGGCGUCAUUCAAUCAGAACAAAACAGCAGAAGAUCAUCGGGAAUUAUUGUCGUCGCCGUCGUCAUCGAAUCUGUCUGCGUUGCCGUGGUCGCUUUCUCCCAUUGCUGGUAUCAAUCCAAACAAGUUGGUGGCAUCAAUCGUAGAGGGCUUCAACCGCGGAAGCGUUGGAAGCGCUCGUGAGCCCCUUUGGAUGGAAGUAUGAACCAAGAGCCCUGCUCAUACGCCCUCACCCAGAUCAGUUACCUGGUUUCAAACUUGAACAAGAAGAACUUUGCCUCGAACAGUCGCCAAUUAGCACAGUUUGUGAAAGAUUUUGGAUUAGAAGCUGAUCGUCAUUUGCUGCGCUGCCUGUUUUCUGCGGUUGAUUUUUCCUGCUCGCCUGGAAGAUCCGGAGACGCUACAACCCCGGGACAUUCCAGGAGCAACAGCACCAGUAGCAGCAACAGUAACAACAACAACAACUACUACAGUAGCGGACCCUUGUCACUGCAGGCCCGAUUGCUGUCGACGGAACUGGUCGGACUGCUGACCAAGCCGCAGCUGGUCGGGAACGUUUGCUUUGCCGUGGACAAUCCGCUACCGCAACAAAGGACUUUAACCCCAUCGGUCAAUCUCGUGACCCAAAUCGUCAGAACCCUCAACUGUUCACCGAUUCAGCAAGCCGCACUUGCCCUUGCGCUUCUUCAUUCGUCGCAUCCGGACAUCGUCCGAAGUGCCGAGGAAAACGCUCGCAUCUGCAUUGCUGAACUUAUUCAAUCUUACAUCGACUUAGACUCAACUCAACCAACCCAAGAAGGAAGUCUCAACGACGUCUCUCCGGAACUACUGCAGCACAUUCUAUCGCUGAUUUCCCACGAUAAGCACCGGGAGUUUGGCCUAUCGGACUCCACCUACGGAAAGUUUGUACAGCAGCUGUGCCGGGACUUCCCACGAGAACGGGUUCCGUUGAUCCUUGCUCCGCUGCUGUACCGGGAAAACACGGAACUUUCGGCCGAGGUAGUCAAAGCUAACUCGCAGUCGCUGCUCCGCUCGUCGAUCAUGGAUACCGCUUGGGGCAGUUUGGUGAUGGAGAUCGGUUACGGAUUCACCGGCUCGGUGGAGGAUUGCAAGAAUCAUCUGCUGAAGGUCGGUGGCCGGGAGAUCUCCGCGCAGGAUGUUGCCAAGAUCAUUUCAUCGAUGUGUCUGACGCAUGCGUCGCUCUCGGAGAGUAGUAUCAAUCUGCCGACUCCCAGCAGUUUUUGGCCGCAGGGAAGCGACCCCGGAGGGAAGGGGAAGGAUGGCCAGAAUGGCGGAUCCAGUUCGGAGAACAGUAGCUGGAAGCCGGAAAUAUUCGUGCAAGCGUUGAAAGAGGUCGUUCCCAACUUGAAUUGGAAGGAUGUCUGCCUGGCGUUUGAUCACGCGGAUUUUCUGAUCAAGGAUCGACCGGGAUUGGCGUUGCUUUUGUCCAUCGUCAAGAUGGGUAUGCAAUCCAGCGGUCUGGGGCAGAAUUUCCCCGUGGAAUGCGUCUAUCAGCGGUGGACAAAUGUGGAAGGACAAUUGUCUUUGAUCACGAUGAUUUUGAAGAGUCCCGAUCUGUACUCGUUUGCGGAUCAUAUCUACACGAGUGUAUCGGUUGACCUGCUGAAGACCCCACCGGAGACGGACAACAAGGAAGUGGCAUCGUGGUUGUCGCUUCAUUUGGUGGACGUCCUGCUGUACAUAGCCGACAACGGAUUCUACGCUCAGGCUUUGGAGAUCUUCAAGAUUCCGAUCCAACUGUGCCCGGAUAUCCUCUUCAUGGCGUUGUUGCAGAUAAAUCCACCGGUAACAGUGUCCCGUCAGGAUCUGUUCACUACGUUGAUCCCAAUCUUCCUCGGCAAUCACCCGAACUCUGGAACUAUUCUUCAUCAUGCGUGGAACAACACCAGCUUCAAUCCCUCGCUGAGGCAUAUCAUCCUGCACUCGAUGAGCGAAUGGUACCUCCGGGGAGAAAACGAUCAGUCGCGCCUGUCCCGCAUCCUGGAUGUGGCCCAGGAUCUGAAAGCGCUGUCCAACCUUUUGAACGUGCGCACGUUCACAUUCAUCAUCGAUUUGGCUUGUCUGGCAUCCCGUCGGGAGUAUCUCAAGCUGGAGAAGUGGCUCGCGGACAAGAUCCGGGAACAUGGCGAACCGUUCGUGAAGGCGAUCAUCAAGUUCCUGCAACGUCGCUUCCCGCAGAUUAUGAUGGGUAAAUUCGCCGACGAGCAGAUUCCGAAGUCAGCGCAACUUCCCCCGGAGACUCUGAGUACGAUUUUGUCUUGUCUGCAGGCGUGCGUCGGAAAUGUAAGUCCUGAAGUAGCUGAAAUCAUCAUGAGCAUGACCCAAUACAAUCUACUGUUGACUAGCAAGACGAGAGCUCAGCAAGCUCCACAGCAGCAACAACCUCCACCUCCAGGAGUUGUACGCCCUCAUCGUGUUUUGGAAGCCCCGUUCAGCACUUCGGCUCUGGGAGGACAGAUCUUUCCGGGACCGUCGGUUGAAACGCUGUCCGGAUUGGCUAGCAAUAUGGCCGGGUUGAAUUUGGGAGGACCGGGGAACAGUGCUUUCAGUUUCGGAAAUGCUCUUGGGAAUCUUGUGUCGACCCCGGCUUCACCAUCCAGGCUGCUGGCCGGUCCAUCGAAUAGUCCGUUCCCGUUGAUGACUAUGCCACCGACCGCACCGGUUGGAAAUAUCGGUCGCUUGCCACAGACGCCCACGGGAGACAAACUGGCCAUGCCAACCGCUGGACAGUCGAGUUUCUCUGAACUCGGAGGUCAAGCCGUUUCGAAGGAAGUCGAAGACGAAGCCAACAGCUACUUCCAACGGAUCUACAAUCAUCCCCCGCACAACAACUUGUCCAUCGACGAAGUCCUGGAUAUGCUGCAGCGCUUCAAGGAUUCUCCCAUUCGUCGGGAAUGCGACGUCUACCAGUGUAUGCUGCGAAACCUCUUCGAGGAGUACAAGUUUUUCCCCCAGUACCCGGACAAGGAACUGCAGAUUACCGCUCAGUUGUUCGGUGGAAUGGUCGAACGAAACCUGGUAACUACGUAUGUCGCCCUCGGUUUAGCCUUACGAUGCGUGCUGGAUGCCCUCAAAAAACCGGAAGGUUCGAAAAUGUACUACUUCGGUAUCACUGCCUUGGAUCGCUUCAAGAACAAACUGCAUCUCUAUCCAAAGUAUUGCGAGUACGUCCAUGGAAUUCCCCAUUUCGAUCAGUUCCCGCCACAUUUGAUAGAAUACAUAGAAUACGGUGCUCAAGGGCAGGAGCCCCCGAAUAAGACCCUCGGACCUGGUCCGCUACCUUCGUCCAUCACGCAGCUCCUUCCGGGACCAUCCGGAGUUGGAGGCGGCAAUCCGCUGUACCGUACUAAUUCUGCCACCGGGACAAGCAACCUUACGUCCGCUGCUCCAGCAGCUGCACCCAAGGUCAACCUCGGAUCCCAGCUCGGGACAACAAGUCAACCUCCGCGGGUCAAAUCCAUUGCCAAUGCUACCAAUAUCGACACCUUGCUGGUGGCCACCCAAGAAGGCGACGAGAAGAUCAUCAACCCACCGGACGCUAUCCAGGACAAAACGGCCUUCAUCUUCAAUAACCUCAGUCAGUUGAAUCUACAGCAGAAGUGCGAGGAAAUCAAGGACAUUCUGCAGAAGGACUACUAUGUGUGGUUGGCCCAGUAUCUGGUCCUCAAGCGAGCGUCUAUCGAAGUUAAUUUUCACGUCCUGUAUUCCAACUUUUUGGAUGCCCUGAAGAUUCCGGAAGUUAAUAAAUUGGUCACAAAGGAGACCUUCCGUAACAUAAAAGUGCUGCUCCGUUCGGACAAAGCCAUUGCCAACUUCUCUGACAGAAGUCUGCUGAAGAAUCUGGGGCAUUGGCUCGGAAUGAUGACCUUGGGUAGGAAUAGACCCAUCCUCCACCUGGACAUCGAUAUGAAAUCAUUGCUGGUGGAAGCGUACAACAAGGGCCAGCAGGAAUUACUCUUCGUGGUCCCAUUCGUUGCCAAGGUUCUGGAAUCCUGUUCGAAGAGUAAGGUCUUCAAACCGCCUAACCCAUGGACUAUGGCCAUCAUGAACAUUCUGGCCGAACUUCACCAGGAACCGGAAUUGAAGCUCAAUCUCAAGUUCGAAAUCGAGGUCCUUUGCAAGAACUUGAACAUAGACGUCGCAGAUCUGAAACCUGCCAUCUAUCUGAAGGAUCCGGAACGUGCCCAGAACAUCGAGUAUCAACUGUCCCAGCCGAAGCCGGCCAAGGAACUUCAACCGAUUCAGGUCAUUCAGGUAGCCGAGGAAAUGGCCUCCGCCGGUCCAUCGGGAUCCCCAGCCAUUCCGGCCAUGGAUCCUUCCCUGGCUGUCACCGGUCCUCCAGAACCCCGGUUCCACUACUCCGACAUCAACAUCUCGAACUUUGCCUGCAUCAAUCAGCACGUCAUGUACUCCCCGAACAUUGCCCUCCUGCACACUCAUCCCCACCUGAAGCAGAUCAUCAAGACCGCCCUGGAACGUACGAUCACCGACUGGAUCACCCCCGUUGUGGAACGCAGCGUCAAGAUCGCGUCCAAAACGUGCGAACAAAUCAUCCGGAAGGACUUCGCUCUCGAUCCGGACGAGCUCCGGAUGCGAACGGCGUCCCACAAUCUGGCUCGCAAUCUCGCAGCCGGUUUGGCCAUGAUCACCGCCCGCGAUCAGUUGAUGCAGAACAUUCAGAACAACAUCAAAACGGCGUUCAUGACGACGCUGAGUCCGGCGCAAAAGGACGUAGCCGAAGCAGCGGCCAACCAGCUGGCGGCCGACAAUAUGGAACUGGUUUCCGCAUUCAUCCAAAAGACGGCCAUCGAGAAGGUGGUGCCGGAAAUGGACAAACUGCUUGCCACGGACUACGAGCUGAGGAAGCUUGCCCGGCAGGAAGGCCGUCGGUAUUGCGAUGCCAGCGUGUUGACUUACCAGGCGGAACGGAUGCCGGAGAGGAUCCGGUUGAGCGUUGGUGGCGUGUCGCCCAGUCAGCUAGCGGUGUAUGAAGAGUUUGCCCGGAACAUUCCGGGAUUCCAGCCAAUCACUGACCGGGAUAAUGCGCUGUUUGCACCUAAAUUGCCGGAAGCGCUGCCUGCGGUUGCUCAAUUCCCCACUCCGGCGGCCGUCACUCCGGACGAGAUCGGAGUGCUGUACGAUGAGUUGGCCAGCAAAAUGGAAGUAUUCCUCAGCAGUGCCGUCAAUGUGCCUCAGUUGCAUGUUCACCUGAAUAACAUGCACACGCUCCUGGAAUGUCUUAUCAUCGCUCGUCGAUCGCGCGACAAUCUUACUGCAUGUAAUCUGCUCAACAAAGCCGUCGAAGGCAUCAUGGAGGGAUUGAUGAACAUCCCGGAUCAUAUUGACCAGAUCAAGCUGUACCGAGACAUUCACCUGCGAGUGAUGCGUUUGCUGCAGGACCCACGUGCUUUCGGGCCUGUCUGGACAAACAAGGCCAUCACCCGGUACAUGCUGGAGUGUCGCGAGGAGAUCCGCUACAACGUCGAGGCGGUCGAUCUGCUGAUUUCGUCCGGAUUUGUCAACAUGCCUCAGUACGACAUGAUGCUGACGCAGCUGAUGGACAACGGCAACAAUUACGUGGCCGUGGUCUUUGCCAUGCAGCUGGUGCAGACCUACUUCAUCGACGAGCGCCCCAACACGGUGAUUACCGAUAACGAUCUGCUGAAUACGAUCGAACUGCUGGCCAGACUAUCGGCGCAUCCCCGGGCCCCGGAAGGAUUGGCCCACCUGAUGGAAAUGCUCCGCUCGAAUCAUGAUCCCAAUACGUUCCUGGUGGAUCGGGCACAUGCUGGACCAACGGCGCAUAUCCACUCGGGUAUUAUUAUAGCUAGGGCCACCGACAUCGAAGAUCCCCCGGGCUUUGCCGAACGGGCAGAGUAUCUACUGAAAGAUUGGAUUACAAUUUUCCAUACCCCAUCGAACUCGAAGGACAUGAUCAAAGCGUUCGGAAGCUUUGUCAACAAGAUGAACGUGUACGGCAUUCUGAAGGGAGACGAACCGCUGACGAGAUUCUUCCGUCACGCCACCCAAUGCUGUAUCGAUCUGACGUACCGUAAUAUGAACGAUCCCAACUGGAAGACGAAGAUCUUCCAGUGGAUCGAUGCGUAUGUGCGGCUGAUUGCGCUGCUGGUGAAACAUUCUGGCGAGGGUGGCAGCACUAGCACCAAGUUGAAUUUGCUGAAUAAGGUUCUAGGCAUCGUAGUUGGCAUUCUGAUGCACGAUCAGGAAGUGCAUGGAACCGCUUUCCAGCAGAUGGGCUACCACCGUAUUUUCAUCAUGCUGUUCCUGGAGCUUAGCGCUCACGAUCCAGUUCUGGAGAAUAUCAGCCUCAGCGUCAUCACUGCCUUCUGUCACACGUAUCACAUUCUGCGACCAUCGCUGGCCCCCGGUUUUUGCUAUUCCUGGCUGGAACUGAUAUCGCAUCGGGUCUUCAUCGGCCGCAUCUUGGCUUCGAUUCCACAGCAGAAAGGAUGGUCCAUGUAUUCGCAGCUGCUGAUCCAUCUGUUCAAGUACCUGGCUCCGUUCCUGCGUAACGCCGAACUUGCCAAGCCGGUACAACACCUGUACAAGGGAACGCUGCGGGUGCUGCUGGUACUGUUGCAUGACUUCCCGGAGUUUUUGUGUGACUAUCACUUCGGUUUCUGCGACGUGAUUCCCCCGAACUGCAUCCAAAUGAGGAAUCUGAUCCUGUCUGCGUAUCCACGCAAUAUGCGUCUGCCGGAUCCAUUUACACCGAAUCUGAAGGUCGACAUGCUGACCGACAUUGGCGGUUCGCCCCGCAUUUUCACCAACUACGCGGCAGCCAUCACGCCAAGCAGCUUCAAGAAAGAUCUAGAUUCCUAUCUGAAGGCGCGAUCGCCCGUAACGUUCCUCUCGGAAUUGCGUAGCAAUCUGCAAAUUUCGAACGAACCCGGAUCCCGGUACAACAUCCCGUUGAUGAACGCCCUGGUGCUGUACGUUGGUACCCAGGCAAUCGCUCACAUCAGGUCGAAAAAUCUGGGUCCCACGAUGGCAACCAUCGUCCACAGUGCCCACAUGGACAUCUUCCAGAAUCUGGCGGUAGAUCUGGACAACGAGGGUCGAUAUCUGUUCCUGAAUGCGAUUGCCAACCAGCUGCGGUACCCGAACAGCCACACGCACUACUUCAGCUGUGCGAUACUGUAUCUGUUUGUGGAGGCCAACUCGGAAGCGAUUCAGGAGCAAAUCACCCGCGUUCUGCUGGAACGACUGAUUGUGAACCGUCCGCAUCCGUGGGGACUGCUGAUUACGUUCAUCGAGCUGAUCAAAAAUCCAUCGUACAAGUUCUGGGACCAUGACUUUGUGCACUGUGCACCAGAAAUUGAGAAACUAUUCGAAUCGGUGGCCAACUCGUGCAUGGUGGUCAAAUCCAAAAGCCAACCGCAGAUGCCGAACGUCGAGUCGGAAAUUGCCGAGUGCAACUAGAUCGAAUGUCGGUUGAUCGAAACGCUGACAUAACACCGUAUCACGUAGCGCCUAGUGUUUUAAGUGUAAGCGAAAAGAACCAGUACACUUUUGUUAAGGGUAUGAAAACUACAUUAUAACAAUGGACAUAGGGAGGGAAAAUAACAUUUUUUAACAGUGUAACGGGAUGGUGUUGACGCCUACCGUUACUGCUGUGUGUGUAUUGAUUGGAACACAAACCUCUCGUUUUUUUUUGGUUUUGUUUUAGACUAUCUCAUAGAGACUGGAGCCAUGGCAUUAGAAAGUGUAUUUUUCAUGAAUUUAAAGGUGGGAACAUUUUGGGAUUAUGCCUAUCAGUUUGUUUUAGUUGCAAAGAAUACCAUCUUUUUGUAAAUAGCAUCAUGGAUUUUUAACAAUAUUUAUAUCAUGUUCAUAGCCACACUAGCCUACAUAUUUGCGGUAAAAUAUAAUGUCUGUCUCCUGAGCUAAUAAGUCUAGAACUGUACAACCGAUGGUCCAAAAACAAGCGAAAAGACUCGUGAAUGUCGUUUGCGUGGUCAGUGUUCAAUGUAUGUAUGUAUGUCCUUUUCCUCUAGCGAUUUUGGCCGAAGACAAUACGGCGUUAAUGCGAUGGUGAAAUUGAAAUGCACAUGGCGCUAGAAUUUACAGAAGUCCAGGCUGUAUACAGUACAUGCAACUAGAUGAUGCGGAAUUAGAUAUUAGAAUAACUGUAAUUGUGUCUUAGAAGUUAAGCGUUGAUAGGUGUGCGUUGUUAGCAAUUAAUCACAUUAUGGUAAACUAUAUAUUGAUCGAUUCAUAUAAAUAUAUUUAAACGUAAAUAAUGUAGAA